AUAUAGCUGAUAUUAGUUGGCAACACAGGAUUUCAGCAUAAAUAUUUUCCUAUUUCCAAUGCGUACUAUUAAUUUUUUCAUUUUUAACUUCAACUAAUUUUCUUCAGUGUUUAUUUCCCUAUACUACUAUAUAGUGCACUAGUAUAUCUGUAGCAAUAUGUUGCGUCGACAAUUAGUUUCUAGCUUUACAAAAAAACUUGGCGGUAUAGCAUUUUAUGGUGAUACUACAAAACCUUUAGAUACCACUUACUUGGAAAUACCUGUUUAUGACAUAGAAAAACCACAAACAUUGGAGAAACGCAAAGCAAGACUUCACUACCAAUCACGUAAAAGGGGUAUGUUGGAAAAUGAUCUCCUACUGAGUACAUUUGCUAAAAAAUACUUGGAUGGGUUCAAUGAGCAGCAAACUAUGAUGUAUGAUCGUCUUAUCAAUUCACCGACUAAUGAUUGGGAUAUAUUUCAUUGGAUUGUUGAAAAGAAACCUACACCUAAGGAAUUUGACAAUGAGAUUAUGAACCUUUUAAAGAAACAUGCUAAAAAUGAAGAUAGAGUAUCUUUACGCCAACCUGACUUGAGCUAAAUUAUAAAAUGAUAUCCUUUAUUUUACAUAAAGAUUACAGGAUGUAACAUGUAGAUAAAUAAAUUAUUAUUAGGAUUAGUUUGUAGUUGUUACUAGUCAUUAAUUUCUGUUAAUAAUGCUUUUAAAUGUCACAUAAAUAUAUGUAUAUUACUUAU